AUGAUAGUUGUACCUGUAAAGAACUGUAAACCUGGCAUCGCCAAGGUUUCUUUUGGACAAUUGUCAAAGCUUGGAGCACAGCCAGGUGCUUGGGUCAAGGUGUUGGAUGGACAUGGCAAGGUCUAUCAUUGUUCCAUUUGGCCAGCAGAUAUACCAGAUAAUCAAGUUAUGGCGAGUCAAUUCAUUCAAUACGAGUCGAACGAUCAAGAGAACAGCAUGAUUAUACCCAUUGAAUCAGUAGCAACAGCUAUUAAAGUAGCAUUGAGCUACAAACUUAACAAAAAGGCAACUGAGGAACAGCAAUUGCUAGAGUUUGGAUUUGUCUUUGACAGAGCUACGGAAGCGCAAAAGAAUUCGUACAUUCGACAUACGGUAGAAGGCAACGUCAUUUGCCAAGGAGCCAUCAUCCAAAAAACACCGUUGAUUUCGAUCCAAGUGAUCUCCACCUAUCCACAGGGAAAGUCUGUGUUUCUGGCUUCUGCUAGCCAAGUGAGUGUGAUGGAUGGGAAUACAACAAAGGAGGAUCGCAUACCAGAAUUGGAGAAAUCAUUAGAGGCCAUGUCGAUAACAUCUGAUUCGAGUCAAACCAUUCACAUGUCUAGUCUGCAAAAGGCGUACAAUGCGCUGUAUGAGGUGGUAUGCUUCCCGUUUUUGCACAAAGAUUGGAUCCAUCAGCUGGGUAUCGAGUGUCCCAAGGGCGUCUUGUUGUAUGGCCCUCCUGGUGUAGGCAAGACGUUUUUGGUCUCCUCUAUUGCAAGGAAAUGUAGUGCCAAAAUGUUCAUCAUCCAAGGCCCUGAAGUGUUUGGUCCGUUUAUUGGUGAGAGUGAAGAGAAGCUGCGGGCCAAGUUCAUUCAAGCGAGAGACGUUGCAGUCAAGGAGAAUGUGCCAGUCAUUCUGUUUAUUGACGAAAUCGACGCAUUGACGCCCAAAAGAGACAAUGCACAGUCGCAUGAAAACAGAAUGGUAGCUCAACUAUUGACAUUGAUGGAUGGUAUCGAGUCCAGAGGAAGACUCGUCAUUGUAGGUGCCACAAAUCGGCCCAACUCCAUCGAUCCAGCAUUGAGACGCCCUGGAAGAUUUGAUCGGGAGAUCCAUAUGGAGCCACCCAAUACGACUGAUCGAUAUUCACUGUUUGAAGCUCAAAUGACCAAGAUGCCUUUGGAGAGCAAUGUUGAUAUUGAGGCGCUGGCAGCCAUGACCAACGGCUAUGUCGCUGCUGAUAUCAAUUCGGUGUGUCGAGAGGCGGCCAUGUUAGCAGUGCAAAGAGCCAGUAAAGAAAGGGACAUGGAGGUCAAUGUCAGUAUGUUGGAUUUCACAUCUGCCUUUGCGACAGUGGGGCCAUCCAUGCAGAGAGGCUUUCAAGUGCAAGUAGACAAGAUGAAAUGGGAUGAUGUAGGCGGUCUGGAAGAUGUGAAAAAGAGACUGAAGCAAGCGGUGGAAUGGCCAUUAUUAUACAAGGACUCGUUUAGCAGGCUUGGAUUGAAACCACCACGAGGUAUCCUGCUUUACGGGCCUCCUGGUUGUAGUAAAACAACGCUGGUCAAAGUCAUUGCAUCGUCUGCUAAUGUAGCCUUUUUAUCCAUCAAUGGUGCUCAGCUGUAUUCUCCAUUUGUGGGUGAUUCAGAAAAAGUUGUGCGUACAACAUUCCAAAAGGCACGCGCAUCAGCACCAGCCAUCAUUUUCUUGGAUGAAACAGAAGCCAUUGUGGGCAAAAGAAAUAUGGGGAACGGCGGGUCCAGUGGUGACAGUGUGCAAGAGAGAGUGUUGUCAACCUUGUUGAAUGAAAUGGAUGGCGUAGAGAGCGCUGAUUCAGUCUUGGUAGUAGGAGCAACCAAUCGCCCAGACAUGCUGGAUGCUGCCUUGAUGCGGCCAGGACGUUUCGAUCAAGCUGUCUAUGUGCCGCCGCCUGAUGAAGCAGCACGAGUUGAGAUUUUAAAGAUUCAUACCAAGCAAAUGCCAUUGGAUGUGGAUGUAGAUUUACUAGACAUUGCGAAACGAACAAACUACUAUACAGGUGCAGAUUUACAGAAUGUAUGCAGAGAAGCUGCUAUGGAGGCCUUGCGAAGCAUGAAUACAGCUGCCAAUGUGACAAUGGCCAACUUUAGCAAAUCAAUAGCGACUAUUCCCCCGUCCCUCAACGAAGAGUCUGUGAGACUGUAUAGUAAAAAACUACAUUCUUCAGAAUAA